AUGUCUUAUUGCAUUGAUAAAGGUAAAAACCCCCAAAUAUUGGCACCAUCAAUUCAAUAUCUAAAACAAAACAAAAAUAUCGAAUUCAUUUUUGAACCCGAUAGCGAUUAUUUUAUAAAAAAAUUAAAUGGUGGAACUGAAAAUAUUUUAAAAGGAACUUUACGACUAAAAUAUGAUAAACCUGUUCAAGUGAAAUAUGUAAAUUUAAAUUUACGAUGUACGGAAAAAUCUUCAUCUUAUGAAUCUCAAGGAAGAUCCAAUAUUUUACUUACUGGAACACAAAUUGUUAUUGAUAAGAUAGAAAAAAUUUGGGAAGCUAAAAGUGAGUCGACUAUUUUAAGUUUAGAUAUACCAUUUGCUUUUUCACUUCCUGAAGAAAUACCGUCAGUAAUUAUUACAAAAUAUGGACAAGUUAAUUAUGUACUUAAGGCAGUUGUUUGUAUUCAAAAACAUUUUGUAUCAACGUCACAAAUAGUGGAAAUUUCAUAUCCAUUAAAAAAAUUAAUUAUGGAUACAAAUACUUCAUAUUAUAAAUUACGUGGAGAAUCUAAAAGUGGAUUGGAAUAUUCUUUUGAUUUACCGCCUAAUAAAAUCUUUAAUAUUGGUACAUGGGUUCCAAUACUUAUGAGAAUUCAACAUAUUAUACCACAUAGUAAUUUAGAUCGAUUGGAAAUUUCAUUAAGAACAAGUAUGGAUUUUAGAUUUGAUAAACCCAGAAGUACAACACGUCAAAUUAAUGAAAAACUUAUUUCCAUAAUGAUAUCACAUCAAGAUAUUGUACAAAUACAACCUACAAAUCAAUAUCAUGGAGAUUUCGCAACUUAUAUCGAUUUAACAAUUCCAAAAAGUAUUCAACCAUCAUAUUCGGGAAGAGUCAUAAGUAUUACACAUUAUUUUUGUGUGAAUUUUUAUUUCUUGGAUUCGGAAAAAGAUUUUUCGGUUGAAGAACCUGUAAUAAUUGCAAAUAUUGAUGACGAACCUUCUAUGUCACCGACACCACCUCAAAUAGGUACACCAAUUUUAUAUAAUAAUCAUUCAAGUCAAAUAAGUCAUAUGAACAUAAGUCAUUUAAGUCAAUUUAGUCAACAUUUCGGGAAUAAUUCAAUUAAUAAUUCAUAUUAUCAUCCAAAAGAAGAAUAUUAUCCUUCACCGCAAACUAGUGGAAAUCAUAACGUGGAAGAUUCUGAUGAUAUUAGAGUUGCCCCACCUUAA